UCCUUCUCGAAUUUAUAAACUUUAUGGUUAUAACUAAUCAUAUUUCAGGGAAUGUUUCUUCUCCUUUUCGCUUAUAUUCAUGGCAAUAAUACGAAGCGAGAAAGAAAAAUAAACUGACUGAAUGUUUAUUAUAAUUAACCUGAGUUAACUAAUAUCUAAGAGCAGUCGACAUUGGUGACAACAUCGUCUAAAGCGAAGUAUAUUCAUUUAAUAAUUACGUGAUUAUAAAAUGUAUAUAUAUCCUGUUAGGAUCGCGGGAUGUAAUAUAUUUCGCGCUUUUAAUUAUUUCUUAAUAAUUGCUGAUUGAACCAUUGCAAAGAUACGAUGCUAAAUCAACACCAUCCUCUCUUGAGCACUAUAGAUUCCUAUAUAGAACCACUUUUGAAGCGUGUUUUGCAAACCAAAAGACUUGGAGUAUGUUGUGGUCUGAUAAAAUUGGGUUCAGCAUCAUCAAGUUGUAAUAAAAGCAAAAAUGAUUGCUUCAAGUUAUCAAUCCCCUAUGCUGGAGAGCAUCUUAUCUGGAAUGUAUUAUUUGAUUCACAAUAUCCUGAGAUGGGCCCAGACUUUAUAUUCAACGAUCAAAAUUUUUUAGCAGACCCAGAUAUUGAUAUCUUGUCUACUAGGGUACCUAGUCUUGCUAAAUGGAAUCUUAAUGAUACUGAUGCACUACUCAAUGUGCUAAACGAAUUAUUAUUGUAUUACAAAGAAUAUCAGCUACAUUUACUUGCAAAGCAAGAUCGUUUGCAAUUUGAAUACAGCACACUUGUUGGUGAAACAGAGAUAUUUACAAAAGAUAUAGAAGUGAUGAUGUUACCAUUAGGAACAAAGCCUACAGAAGCAAAAUUUUUAAUUCGCAUAGUUAUGGAUUAUUCUCAAUUACCUCCGCGUAUUAACAAAUCACAAAAUGAUGAAGCUAUGCUCAUUGUCACAUUUUGUGGGCCAGAUUGGAAUCGUAUUUUACCGCAACUUUAUCUGUCUAAGACCUUAGAAGAUAUUUUUGGUGGACCUGAAUCUUUGCAUAUUCCACCAUUUCCACCUAACAAAUAUCUUAUGGAUUAUGUUCCUGAAGUGAAGAAGUUUAUACAAGAGAAGAUACACAAUGUAGUUCAAAGUUUUGAAAGCAGGAGAAACUUUAUUACAGUUCUAAUUGUAUCACAGCGUGGUAGUAUACUGGAAUAUGAUGCUAUAGAAUUUAAUUGGAUUAGCAUGCUGAUGGAGUAUCGAGACUUUCAUUUUCUUAUACAUUUUCAUCUCCCAUCAACAUUUCCAAAAGAGAAGCCACAAGUUACAUUGCAAUCAGUAUAUCACAUGACAUCGCAAGGUACUUUGUACAAAGAAGUGUUAGAUGAUACACCAUACAGUCCUAGAUGGCAGAUACUAUCGAUGGUUGAUAAAUUGUUGACAUAUAUAUUGGAAAAUGCAGUUAAAAGGUUUCAGGCAAAUUCCGUGAAAAAUCGUUUUCAAUAAUUUAUUCUGAAAAUAUAUUUUAUUAUACAGAAUGUAUAUAUUAAUAGAGUUGAUAUUGUGAAAUAAAACUAAUUAAUUUCAACACGAUAAACAAAGAUACAAUUUUGCAUGUUUCUUAUUAUUUGUUUUUAAUUAGAUCUGCAUAUUUCCGAUAUAUCUUUUUUUUCUUAGUUUGUUAACCAGAGUACAACUAAGUGCUACAAGUAUAAUCUAAUUUUCCGUUGUAUGUGUUGUGAAUAUAUAAACGAUAUA